GGGAAGUUUACUGCCACUCGCGUCCACAACGGAAAACGUCGCAAGCGACACCAGCAGGACGACCAGUUUUUAGCAGCAGCAGUAGCAGCACAACACAAAUCAGCCACAGAAACACAAGCACGAACAUCAGCAGCUGCAUCAUCAUCGUCCUGAUAACUCUGAGCUGACCAGCAGUAGCGGCAUAACCAGCAACAAUAACCAUCAGCAGUUGUAGCCGCAGCAUCAUCAGCAUCAUCAUCAUCAUAUCCUUCAGCUCACCAGAAACGGCAUCAACAGCAGCAGGAGCUAUCGUGCCAUUCACUUGAACCGGAAAACCAAGGCAAAAGCCAUCAUCAGCACCAGCAGCAGCAACAUCAUCACAACCAAGACCAACACCAGCAGCAGCAUCACCAGCAGCAGCAUCAUCAUCACAACCAGGAGCAGCAGCAGCAGCAGCGGGGUCAUAUCCCUGACUUGACCAUCACGACAGAAGGCGCCCUGGCUCCGGUUCCAAGUCGCCAUGAGGCGCCCGUCUCGCCGCUGGGACGAGGCCGCGUCGGGCACCGGCUCAGCUCCCCCCGCCGCACGCCACGUGGGUGCCUCGGCAUCAGGGCCCCCUGCAUGGGAGCAGCACGGCUCCUUCCUGCUGAAACAGCUGCACGACCAACGCAUCCAGGGCCUGCUGUGCGACUGCACGCUCAUGGUCAGGGGAGUCUGCUUCAAGGCGCACAAGAACGUCCUCGCCGCCUUCAGCGGACACUUCAGGAAGCUGUUUCAGAACUCCAGCAGCCAACGGAGAGACGUGUUCCACAUACAGAUAGACAGCGUUGGUGGUAUUGGCCAAAUCCUUGACUUCAUGUACACCUCACACCUGGAGCUAUCGCAGGAGAAUGCUCACACCAUGCUGGAGCUGGCCACAAACCUGCAGGUGCAGAACAUUGUCAAUGUAUGUUCCAGCUUUCUGGAGUCUCAGAAAAACACAGCGAAGCAGAGCAGUGGCACCUUACAUACCUCCGAAUCACAGUCAGAUGAUUCUAUUACUGAAAAAAGUCACCUUGAAAAUCAGACUGCAUCUGGCCACAGCCAUGUUUUUUCGAAGAAUAAAAAGGCCCCGAAGUUCCCCUUGCUAGCUCGCUGUGCAGGAAAGGAUGAGCAGGAAUCUGUGCAACCUAACGUGAGCGAGGCGACAUUGGUUCAGAGGAACGGUGGCGGGUGUUCCGGAGCGGUUUUGUCAGAUGGAGGAGCAGCAUUGAGCUCGAAACAACAGGGGCGUCAGCGCAGAGUUGUUCAUCCAAAAAAGCGUGAGCUGCUCGAAGCCAGAGAAGCUUCUGACUCUCCACCAGCACAACCACCAUCACCACCACCAAAGACUGUGCCCACUCAUACGCUUAGGAAGAUCAAGGAGAUGACGACGAACAGUAAUGGGACAGAGGUCAAUGGAGGAAGGCACAACUGUUUGCUAGAAGACAAGUCAAAUGAUGUAGAGGCGGCACCAGCAAGUGAGCAGAGCAAAUUGAAGAGAAUGAGGCCUCCGAAGAAGACAUCAUUGAGAGAUGCAAAUGGAACAUCAGCAUCGCAUGAACAAAAUGUCCGGUCAGAUUCUGCGCAGACUAUCGAGAAGUCUUCAGCUGAGAAUAGAAUUGAUCUUCCUUCGGCAGCAGCGACACACAAGACAAAUGUGCCACGCUCUCAGUCUGCUUUAGAGAAGGCAGAUACUUAUGAUAAACAGACCUCAGUUGUAUCUGUAGUUCCAAGUGUCCAAAAAUCGCACGACAUGGCUUCAGAGAAAGCCCCAGCGGAACAGCAAGAACUGUCACUGGUUGGCAAACCCUCCUUGGAGCCGCACGCCACAGGGAGGCAGUAUUUCUGCGAGGACUGCGGAAAAGCGUUUCCUCACCCCAGCAAUCUGGAGACUCACAAGCGCUCUCACACAGGCGAGAAGCCAUACGUUUGCCGACACUGUGGCAGAAAGUUCUCACAGGGUGGGAAUCUGAAGUUACAUGUGCGGCGUCACACCGGCGAGAAGCCCUUCAUGUGCGAUGUCUGUGGCAAGAGAUUUCAUGCAUCCAGUGAGGCUCAACGACACAGCGUCACUCACACGCAAGAGAAGCCCCAUGUCUGUGACAUCUGUGGAAAAGGCUUCAGCAUCUUCAACAACCUGAAGGAGCACAGGCAGGUGCACGCCAGCGACCGCCCCUUCCGAUGUGACUUGUGCGGAAUGUGCUUCCGAGUGCCACGCUGCCUGACCCGGCACCGGGCGCGCCACGCCGGGCAGAAGCCUCACAGCUGCGAGGUUUGCGACAAGAGCUUUUCGGGUGUCGGCGACCUCAAGCGGCACAUGCGGAUACACACGGGCGAGCGGCCGUACGCGUGCGACGUGUGCAGCAAGCGCUUCACACGCUCCGCCAUCCUGCGCCGGCACCGUGCGAUCCACGAGCGCGACCCGGACGCUGACAGCGCCGCCCCGUGCCCCCCCAUCGCCGAGUCACGUGACCCCGGGGUGUCGUUCGCCGAGCUCUUUAAGCGCCCGGCGCCGGCAGGGGCAUCUACCGGGCCGAGCACAGAAGCCCCACAACGGGACCCGGGAGAGCAGCAGAGCUUUCCUAGGACCGACUUCAAUCUGGCGACCUCGUCCUUGUCCGACAAGCUGGCAGCGGAGACCCUGGACGUCAUACCCACACGCACGGUUGAGCACUUCGGUCAGCAGCACAGUCGCGUGGCGGCAUUGACAGAUUACGCGACGCACCAGGCACAGCGUGAGCACCACGUGAAGCCAGUGGAAACGACCUACGUGCAUUCGAUGCAAGGCGAUCAGCAGCAACAGCUGCAGCUGCCUGCUCCGUCAUCCAGUGGCUGCCCCGAUCCACUCGUUCUGCAAGUUGAGGUGUCUACUCCUGCCAGGCCCCACGCUGAUAUGCAUGCGCAGCCUUCUAGUGGUAUGCACUCUCAGAUUUCCAUGCAAUUACAGGCCUGCCCCAGGAUGCCCACGAGCACGCUGCACCAUCGCCAAUCGGCCGUGACUUUAACGAGCUCAAGCCCCCAAGUGGCCGCCCCCUUGACUGCGAUACAUCAGCAGUUUUCUACAAAUCCUUCUGGUGGUGCCACCCGCUCCGGUUCCAAUGGAAUGCCUGCCCAGAUUCCACAUGGUCAUAUGAUGCCGGUCGCGAUCCAGUCGACGGUCACUGAAGCACAGAGUCAGCCGAGCCAUCUGACUUCAGCCGUGGGCCCCACCAUGAUACAAGACAGCCUGCUUCUCAUGUCUCGUAGCUCGCAGGAGCACUCUGGGACCAUGCCGCAUGUCGGCAGAGGGAUUGCUCCACACUUGCAUUCAAACCCCCGGGAGGUGAUGCGGGGUGGUGUGCAGGAUGAAGACGGUGCGAGCGAAGGUCAGCAGCUGCACACGGAAGUUGGGCGGAGUUUGGAACUCAUCAGCAGCCUGGCUUUACUGGAACCAGGAUACCGUGGCCAUGAGCUUUAUCCAGCACCUGCGACUGGGCAGCCACUCUGGGGGCAUAGUUCCAAACAACAACCCCAUGAAAGGGGCGGCACUCAUUGAGGAGUUGUAUAAAAAAAAAGUCUCUACUUACAAUGCGCAAUUAAUAGUUUACUUAUUUUUCUAUAUUAUUGUAAUGUAUAUUUUUCUUCCUUGAAGGAAUGGUGCUAAAUUGAGAACGCUGUUCAUCGAUAGAAAACAAAUGGAAGUAGCGAUGGUGAAUCAUAUUUGGACCUGUUUGUCACAGGCGUUCAGAUGGACAUACUUUAUUCACCCCAAAACAGCCAUUUCUGUAUUUUAGCAGAUUUUAAAGUGUUCCCAGGGGUUUGAUUUUCAAUAACUUUUUUGGAAAUGCCACUGAAUAUCAUAAUCCAAUAUAAGAAGUUUGUGAGACUUGUAUAUCGUUGGGUUUUUAAAGAUAGCAGUGACUUAAAAUAUUCCAUCGCUGGCUGAUCAUCUGAUGCCACCGAGACCAAGAUUAAAGAACCAUUUGGAAGAGGGUUUUACGCAUAUAAUUUUGUCACUGUACUUUCACAUUUUGCAAUGUUUCCCUUAACACAGCUUAAAAGUACAAAAUAAAUAUUAUGUAAUAAAUAUGUUCAUGUCUGGGUGACUCAGAGGUCGAGUGCUGAACUGGCGCUGCUGAGAUCCUGGCUUCGAAUCUGGACAGUCACCUGCGAUUAAACUGCUUCUCAAGUGCAGUGUGCUGAUGGUCUCAGCUCCGUAACAAAUGACUGCACAAUAAACCAUCAUGUCCAACGUAAGACUUGGUGAUUACAUAUGAUUUUGUUUAUAGGCUUUGGCAG